GCGUUGCUCGAUGGGAACUGUAGUUCUGGGUGGAACCGAAUGGGGCCGACCGUAAAGCGGCACUUCCUGGGUCCGUUCCGCGGUGCUGAUGGGAUUUGUAGUGCUGUGAAGGGCGGCGGAGCGGAGCGUGGCGGCAUGAAGAGGAGAGCGGGGGAGCGGGAGAAGGAGCUGAAGAAAAAAAAGCUUCUUGAAGAACUUGGAGAGGGCAAACUUCCAUACCUGACACCAGCUGAUGCCGAUUUCCAUCAUUUGCAGAAGACCAGAUAUUCCAAGCUGAUUUUCAGAAAGUCGGAUUCAGUACCUGCAGAGCUCCAUCAGGUGGUACAGAAGGGCUUUUUGACCCUCCGGAAACACGAUUGUUUUUUUCAAGAUCUUGUAAGGAUCAAAGGAAAAGAUUUUUUUACCCCAGUGUCUCGUAUAUUAAUUGGAAAUCCAGGAUGCACUUACAAGUACUUGAAUACAAGAUUAUUUACAGUUCCUUGGCCUACUGAGGGUUGUGAAAUAAAAUAUUGCAGCCCUCAAAUACACGAUGCUUGUAAAGCAUUAAUCAAACUUAAUGACUACUUGCAUAUUGAAGCAGUCAAGGCAUUACAAGGACAAAGUCUGUUAGACACCAGAGAUAUCAAAGACGCUACUGUAAUAGAUAGGGACCAAAAUUUUGCUACUUCGCUUACAGAGAAAGGGUCUUUUUCAAAAGAUCAAAGCAGUAACAACUGCAACGUACCAGAGGAUGACUGCACAAGUCUAAAUAAGAGAACAUCUUAUAACUUGACUUUAUUAAAUUAUAUGGAUCCGCUACAAAUGCCGUACUUGAAACAAGAGCCUUAUUUUGGAAUGGGGAACAUGGCAGUGAGUUGGCAUCAUGAUGAGAAUCUGGUUGAGAGGUCAACAGUUGCUGUGUACAGCUACAGCUGUGAAGAUUCAUCAGCUGAAGAAACGAGUGAUUGGAACCUGAAGGGAAGAGACCCAGCUGUUUGGCAUGUAGGCUUGAAGGUAGCAUGGGACAUAGAGACGCCUGGAUUAGCAAUACCGCUUCACCAAGGCGACUUCUACUUGAUGCUUGAUGAUCUCAACAUGACACACCAGCACUGUGUUCUGGCUGGCUCUUCACCUCGGUUCAGCUCCACUCACAGAGUGGCAGAUUGUUCAAGAGGAACACUGGAGUACAUAUUUGGACGGUGUGAACUGGCACUCCAGAAUUUACAAACUGAUUCUAAUUCAACGGCUUUAUCUCUGAAAUCACUGGAAACUGCAAUUGUAAAGCAAGUGGAAGAAAUACAUAAUGAGGUUGAAUUUGAGUGGCUUAGGCAGUUUUGGUUUCAAGGCAAGCGGUAUUUGAAGUGUACUGACUGGUGGCUUAAGCCUAUGGCUAAACUGGAAGAAUUCUGGAGAAAAAUGGAGAUCAUGACGAGCCUGGUCCUCCAAGAAGUUAGAAAAAAGGAACAAACUGAAGAACAAAGGAAUGAAACCAUCAGCUGUUUACUGCUAGUUCUUACAGAGCGGCAAAGGCUGCGUCAUGAAUGGGCUGCAAGAUGCCAGUCGGAAGCAGCGGAGAGCUUGCCAGAAGAGCAGAAGCCAGAAUGCCAUCCCUUCUGGUCAGAUGAAGAAAGUAACAUGCCUCUGCCAUUUGAUCUAGAAGAAGUAAUUGUUCAUCUACAAAAUCUUGUUCAGUAGGUAGGAUAUCAGGUUACCUUCCAGUCUAGAAUUAAUAAUACUCAACAUUUGAAGAGAAGUUUUUUUUUUGUCAGCUUUCAUCUUUUCUGCUUUAUGGUUCCUUGGUCAUUGUUUUGUGCUUCAGUGCAAAUUUUAUUGGUUUCCACCUUAGUUCCUGAGUCACAAAAAAUCUGACUAGGUACCAAGUCUAUAGAAAUAAGUGGCUUUUAACACAUGAUGUCUGGAACACCAACUUCAGGACUUUCCUCUUCCAUUCUAAUUUCCAUUGACAACGUAGCCCAUGGAUAGUUGUGUUUCCACAGGUUCCUCUGCUGUGCAUUUUAACUGUCUAGAUUUGGAGUGUUAGACUUGCCUGCUAGUCUCAGCACUAAUGCUAAUAUGACAUUACUGAGAACAGCAGACAGUGCUUGUCCCUGGUAGAUGAGUUUUAAAAAACUUCCUAGACUAGAAACAUCCUACCUGGACCCUCAUAUGUAGCUUUGAAGGACAAUGCUUUCAGGUACAGCCCAAGGGAUGCACAGUACUGUUGCAGCAGGACAGCUUGCAGGUUUGUCUUUUAGGCAGAUUGGAAGGACCCAUUGCUAGGGCUGUGCUCUAACUGAUACACAAUUACAUCUGCCAUCCUUUUAGAAGAAUGGGAUGACCUGUCCUUUAUACCUGACCGAAGGGAUUAAGUCAGGGAGAGAUUUCCAAUGUUAUAUUUACAUGUCCUCAGUUUCUUGGUACUCAGAAUUUAGUUCCUAACCUUUACAUUAUUUCUGCCUACUGAGAAUUCUUUUCUUAGCCCAGCUUUACCAGUGCAUUGUCCAGAGCAAGUGGACCUAGGGUUUCCAUUUUGGGUCAGAUUUACUGACAAAAUAGUUAUAGUUUGUAUGACACCAGGCAUUGCGACAUCUGUGCUGAUCUAUCCAUGAGAACAAAACCAGAAGCCUAUGAGAAAUGGAGCUGUUUGUGAUCUAGUUUGUAAUAACAUGCUAUAAAAAGAACAAUUCUGUGUUGGAUGAUGUCCUGAAUGAGAUUUUUCAUUUGGAGAAGUUGCUCUCCUGACUUGAGCUGUGUAUUCCUUUUCCCUUGUACAAAAGCAGCGGGAAAUUAUAUUGCAGUAAAACAGCAUUCAGUCUAUACUACCACUACAGAAAAAAGAACAGUGAGACUCAGAGCUUGACAUUGCUACCAAGAAACAGAAUACGCCUCCUGUGUUAAUCUUUCACUUAAAAUCACUGUUGAGGCCAGGCUUACCUAAAGCAUACCAGUAUACUCUAUUGGUAAAGUGUUCUGCGUGUGAAUGGGCCUUGUACUGCUGAAAACUGUACAUUUGACAGUAUAACAUAUGCCAGACCUCCCUGCAGCUGAGGAAGCUGUGCCAGCAAAAAUUCAGUUUUAGUGGUAUAAAACUGUGUCCACACCUACCAGCUUCUGCCAGGACAAUUAUAUCAACUACAGGUUGUACCUCUUAGCACCUUUAACAUAGCUAUGCCAGCAAAAGUAUGAAGACCCAGAUCAAGCAUUUUCAUUGUGUUCCUGGACUUCUGCUAAAGCCGUUAGCCACCCUGCAGAAGGAAAUAAACUCUUUAAAGAAUAAAUUAUUUAAAUUAGGUUUAAUUACAUUAUAACCUUGAUCUGCAGAUUUAUCUGCUGUCUCCUGCUCAACAAAUUUCUUACAAUUUUGAAAUACUCUGUUUGGGCAUAGUUUUUCUUUCCUACACUAGCUAAAGCUGGCUUUACUAGUGGGCAAAUAGCAUAUAUUUGGAUGAAUGCCACGCUAAAUAGUGUUUACUUUGGAAAUCACCUAGAGAAAAGCUAGAGAAAAAGAUGAGAAUGUGGGAAUUCUGCUUUGGGGGAAGGCCGUUCUCACAGAAACAAAUAUUACUUUGGAAAUGAGAAAGAUGAAAUCAAACGAGCUAAAGACGUAACACAACACAGGGUUUGAGGGGAUUGUUUAUUUGUUUAUGCCCUUACUUUAUGAUUAUUUUGUGUUUAAUUAAGCGCUGCUAGAAACCAUGGGGAUCACAGUAUUGAAGUGAAUCUGACAGCUACAAGGGGUAGAAAAGGCACAGCAAUGUUGCUGCUGAAGUGGAAGCUAUUAAAAAAUCAUUGGCAAAAAAUUAUUUCCAGCAGCACUGAAGCAACACUGUUUUAUUUCCUGGUUCUAGGAGAGUGCUGGCAGCAAUAACACGAUGGUUAAAACUACGUGAUUCUAGGCUUUGUCUAUGCUGAGGAUUAAAGCUAGUGAAUGAGCUGCACUAGUUCUAGCCUCAGUCAAAUAGUGCUCAUUUAAGCCAAGGGUGGUAAUGACUAAAAACUGAAAAAUUCUGGAAUGAAUGGGACCUAAGAUUCAAUGGCGAAGUACCAAUAAUCAAGUGGUUAAAGAGAAUUAAAGCUCUGUGGUGCUUUCGAGUCUCACAUCAUCUGAAUCAGUGUAACAUGAUUGAAUUCAGUGGAAAGGCAGAAGUAUAAGGAGGUUUCAUCUCUCCAAAGCCCACAAGAGUUGAUGGCAAAGACAUGGGUAAGGCUGAUGGGACUGUUUGAAGCAAGUAGGAAUGCCAAAGGGUGCCCCAAGAGAAGAACAUGGUUGAAGGUAAAUAUCUGUAAAAGAAAACUGAAAGACGAAGCGUGAAUUGUUGCUAUACCUGAGAUACAUACUAGAAGUAGGGAAAUACUUUGAAAUUUUCUCUAUUUUAUACAAAGAAUAGCAAUAUAGUUCAUGUUGCAGUGAUGCUUCAGGAGUCCAUUUAUAUUCCAGCACUAGGUAACACAUUAUGGUUUUGGAUGAGCCGAAACGCACAGCCUCUAAUGGAUGUUCUGUGUAUAGCAACUGGUUACCAAGUCUGGAUGCUCUAGAUGCAUGAGGACCAAGGUCAUUUUGUUUCAGGGAAGAGGUGAGAGCAUAAAUUAGCUUCUAACAUUAGAUUCAGUGAUUCUUUUAAAACAGGAAGGUUCGUGGCUUUGUGUACAUUUACUUUUCAUCAGCCAUGAAAGAAUUAAGGUGAAAUAGUUCACUAGCACAUGCAAAAUGGGUUACAGAAGAUACAGAUCAGUUUGCCUGUCUGCACUUGCCUUUAGACAAUAUUCAUCAAUUUUACGAAAGCUACUGACUAAACAUGGAACCAAUAGAAAUGAAAUGCUCAAGGCAAAGGAUUUGGUUAAAAAUGUGAUAGAGUCGGUUUCGCACUCAUAGAAAGAAAAUGUUGGCAGAAAAUGAAAAACUUCUAUUGUUUCUGUAAUGGGGGGCAUGAAAGGUAAAGGCCAUUUAUAAGUAUUUGAUAGAAAACUGCUGUGUUAUGCCAUGUAAAUUAGAAAUGUUUUUAUAAUGCUUCAUUCGUAGCUCCACAUAUGAAAAUAUUUUAUCUUGUAGGUCCAUUCUUGUUGUUAAAAGGUUAAGUAAAUAAAAAAUAUGAAUCCCAGUGCACUAAAUUUUAAAGACAUCAUACUUAUGCUCUGAACUUUACAGAAGAUCCUGAUUAUUUAAAUUGAAAAUAAGAAUUCCAUGGGUACUCACCAAACAGAAACUGCCAAGGAUAGGUAACUUGCAGCAUAAUAACUUCUCAAAUCAGUUGUCUCACUCUCAUUCAGAUGCAGACUUCAGUUUCACAGAUAAUGAAGUAGAUUUACUUAGCAAGAUGUACUUGAAAGUCACGCUGGAUUUCUAGUUGCUAUGGGACAGAAUUCCAGUGCCAUUUUGCAGGAAAAAAAGAAAAAAUUAUACAAAAAUCUAACACAAAUGAUAGCUAAUAUAUUAUAGUGUUAACAGCAGACACUGCUCCUUUCUCUUUUACUGCAGUGCAGUUCCAGUAGCCCUGUGACACAUGGUGGAAUUUGGGUUGAUGUAUCAGCUAGCUAAUGGUAAAGGUGGGAUGACAAGAGGGGAAGAGAAAUGAGAUGCAAGGGAUGUGCAUUCACAAGAGCAAAACUUUAUUAACUUAACUCAUAUGGGAAUCAUCCAGCAGUAACUUGUACAGUGCAGGCCAUGACCUCUCCCUUGAUUGUUACCACCUGAUGCAAACUUAAUUUUCAGUCCUUAACCCUCCUCAUGCCCCCAGCAGCUGGUCCACAUCUCUUUGGUAGGAGCUGACCACUACCUUCUUCUGCCAAGGUUACAGAGUUGGGAAGAGCACUUUCAUACUGCAGGAACAAGCUUAGCUCUAUAUCUAUCCUACCAAACCUCUGUGAACUGAGUGCCUCCACGCAUCUGUUUCUGUUGAGAUUUGAGUUGUUGGAGCUUGGUGUAGGGAACCUGCUUUGGUUGGACUUGAUGAUCUCUGGAGGUCCCUUCCAGCCCCUACGAUUCUGUGAUUCAUCAUCUGCAUUACCCCAUUGGGCUGAUGAGCUGUCAUAGGGAAGGGCCAGACAAACAGGGCAUUGUCUGCAGGAAAGUUCCUUUUCUUCUUCAAGACCACUGCACUCCCCACAGCACACUAAAAAGCUCAGCUCUGUACUGAUCUCUUCACUCCACUACCAGAGCAGAGGCAAUCCUCAAUAGCAACUUGUCUUUCUAGUACAAACUCAAACCCAUCACCUUUAAUGUUAGAAGGCGUCAUAAUUUGCAUUCAUCUUUCCUAUUCACCUUAGCCUCAGGCAUUCAUUGAACAAGAGAAGAUAAUGUAUACAUUUGCAAAAAGACUGUACUUAAGCUACAGAAUUGGCUGAACAAUAUGUGAAAUAAAAGCCAUCAGAUCACUGAUAAAAUGAGUACAUUAAAAUGCUGAUGUUUGGCAGUGAGUACUUCACAUAUGACAUGAAAACUGUGCUUCAUCUCCUUGUUGCUUUGGUGAUAGUGCUCAAUUCACGUGAUAGAACAGGACAUUCUGGUCUACUGUUUACUUCCUCUAAUACCCUAUUGGUUUUUCAGAGCUGAAUUUGGACAAAAAGUUGCUCUCCUCCCCCUCUAUAUCACCAAAUACUUGCUUUCAUGCCAACACAUCUUGGUCUGAUUAGUCUCCUUGAUUAGAGGCUAAAGUAAAAAGUCAGGUGUAUAGGAUUCCCAUUAUCCUUUAUUUCACUGGUUCUAAGAACAGGUCAGAUAGAGUUAUUUCAUUGAAAAUGUGAACAAUCAACUUCUGUUUACCAUUAACCUUCAGUUUUCUUUUCUUAAAAUCAAAUCAGGGCUCGGUGGGCAGUUAUUUUCAUACAUGGCCCUUGAUCAGUGGAACAAUCUGUCAAAAGCCAUUAAAACCUCUAUUAGGCUGAACUGCAUUCAAAGCUAAACUACCCAAUCAUUAAAGGGCUGGGAUGAUUGUUUUUAAUACAGUAUACAUUUAUUUCUCUCUCUGAGUAGAAACAAUUUUGAAACUAAGCGUGUAUGACUAAGGCUUUUUACUACCAGCAAGUCCUGAGAAGCUUGGUUUCUUGUGGAACAUGAAUAUCUGUGUAAAAGAGGAAAAAGUGAAGACACUGAAAUAACCUUUAUGUUGUCAGAAAUACCUCUUCAUUUGUUUCCUUUCCUUGCAUCCUUCAAGGAUGCAAAGGGAGUGGGAAGAGAUUUUCCAAAGUCCUUUGCUCAAAAGUUUCACUGGAAACAAUAACAGCUAAUUAUAGUAAUAUAUUAAGGUGACUUUUGAUGUUAAGAUCUCAGGAUGCUUUGUGCAGAGAAACUGAGGCAGAAGUCAAAUGUGUGGUCAUGUUCUGAGCAAUAGCGCUGGAGCAGAGUGUGCAUAAUACCUCAUUGCUGGCAUGUCUCAGUUACUUCCAGUUAAUCAGCUCCACUCACAGCUUAGGGGUGCUCUCAUAGAACAGUUUUUCUCCAAUGAUACAUUUGAAAGUGGAGCUGGAAUCCUUCCUCCUCAUACAUUUAACGUAUUGUUUAAUUGCAUAGCGUGUGGUAAUCCAUCUUGUGUAACAGAGAUCUUUCAGGCUUCCUAAUACUUGAUUAAACUUUCAAGUGAAUCUUUUAGUUAUGUUCCAAGUCCCCGAGCUCUCAAUGGGAAAAAGUGAAUUUUACUGGAACUAUUAAGUUAUUCCAUGGAGAGUAUUAUAGUAAAGCCCGCACUCUUUUAGCUGUGUUUUAAAUAUGCUCAAUGGGUAGCCCCCAAGGUGAUAGAAUUGCUGUACUAGGAAACUCUUAAGAAAAUCCCCUGUGGGUAUUGGGUGCUAUUUAUCAAGGUGAAGAUGCAUUGCUGGAACAUGCUGGAAUGCUUGUUAUGCACCUGUUAGCACUUUUUGUCUGGUACUUAUUUUGUAGUCUGGUAGUACUUUACUGAGAACACUGCUUCCCUAGUUAUUGUGAUGAACAUCCCAGUAAUUUAUUACUCAAACAUUAUCAAAGCAUUCCACAAUUGUUUCACUGCUGUUCUUUCCCUUCUGCCUUCCAAUGCCCUUUUUUUCCCAUUUGUUUCAUUAUUAAAAGUACUGUUAUUAGCAAGUUCUGUUCUUUGUUAAACUGACAUGGCUUUAAAGCAAGAAAGCAUAAAAAGUAAGUAUCAGAUAGCAUUCACUCAGAUGCAUUUAUUUUCCAGCCAAUUUAUUUGGAUGUUUUUGCUCAUUUUACUUAUUUGGUAUUGCUACGUCUGAUUUGUAUUAAAGCCUAUUUAUGUAACACUGAGAGAUGUAGAGUGAUAUUUAAGUUUGUAUUAUAUCUUUGCUACUUUACUCACUUUUGUUAAAUAAAUUACUUAAAGAA